UCAGCACUAACUCAUCCACCACAGCUUAGCAGCAACCACCAGUGCCUUGGACACACUCGAUCAUAAACUCUAGCUGAUCAGUCCUACCUAAGCUUGUUCCGUAGCAAGCAAUGGGCUGCUCCAAACUCAUAGCUGGCAUGUUCACCAUGCUCCUCCUUGCUCCGGCUGUCCUGGCCACCGACCCUGACCCUCUUCAGGACUUCUGUGUCGCCGACCUUGACGGCAUGACGGUCUCGGUGAACGGACACCCAUGCAAGCCCAUGUCGGAAGCCGGCGACGACUUCCUCUUCUCAUCCAAGCUAGCCAAGGCCGGCAACACUUCCACCCCGAACGGCUCGGCCGUGACAGAGCUCGAUGUGGCCGAGUGGCCCGGCACCAACACUCUAGGCGUGUCCAUGAACCGUGUGGACUUCGCGCCUGGAGGCACCAACCCGCCACACAUCCACCCGCGCGCAACCGAGAUCGGCAUUGUGAUGAAAGGUGAGCUCCUUGUUGGAAUCCUCGGCAGCCUCGACUCCGGAAACAAGCUCUACUCCAGGGUGGUGCGUGCUGGAGAGACGUUCCUCAUCCCGCGCGGGCUCAUGCACUUCCAGUUCAACGUCGGUAAGACAGAGGCCUCCAUGGUCGUCUCCUUCAACAGCCAGAACCCCGGCAUCGUCUUCGUGCCACUCACGCUCUUCGGCUCCAACCCACCGAUCCCGACGCCGGUGCUCACCAAGGCACUCCGGGUGGAGGCCGGGGUUGUGGAACUUCUCAAGUCCAAGUUCGCUGGUGGAUCUUAAUCCGGGGGAGCCUACCCGAAAUGAUAAAUAUAUAAUUCAAUAUAUAAAUGCUAGUGAAAUUUAAUAUUUCUCAGCAGAAGAUAUGUAUUCAAGCUUCUGGUUAUGAACCUCACAUGCGGUUGUAAUAAGAUUGAAUAAGUUAGCCUCGUGGUUCAGCCUUCAGAACCAAUACGAGGAAUUGAAAUGUGCUACUUUUUAUUGU